AUGGGCGAGCAUAAUCUCCUUAAUCCAGGGUUUGUGGGACCUUUGGUAAAUAUCCACACUGGGGACACUUUUUAUUUCCCGAAUUUUAGAGCCUCAGGAGGACAACUGGCGGGGCUACCAUCUCUCUCCUACCCGAGAAGGGACAAUGUAUGCUCCCUCCCGUGGAACCCAUCGGAGCCGUGCAAUGGAUAUUCUCAAUCCUAUUUUAGCAGCCCCGUCUCUAUUAACCCUUCUUUUAACCGAUCGUGUGAAAUUUCUCGGCCGGAGGAAGGUAAAUGCUACUAUAGCAAUAGCGGAGGAAACAGGGACCCAUGCUCAGGUGGCAGCAGCAACCUCAAACGAGAGGAUAGGGCGAGAGACACAUCAUCCCUAACAUCUGAUCACGGGAUGCACAGUGGAAUGAGCAGUAGUGGGGCUUUUACCAAGUAUGAUUAUGGGACCGAGCAACACACACAAGAUCCGCCAUCCUGCCAGUCUCUGGAAUCCGACUCUAGUUCUUCGCUGCUCAAUGAGGGGAGCAAGCCUUCAUCUAGCGACUCACAGACCCUGGUGUCUCCGGGAAACCACUCCAGCAACAUUUCUGCAGGCGGAGGUGCCCCGUGGUACCCGAUGCACACGCGGACCCGAAAGAAACGCAAACCGUAUUCCAAACUCCAACUGGCGGAGCUAGAGGGCGAAUUCAUGCUCAAUGAGUUCAUCACCAGGCAGCGGCGGAGGGAGCUUUCCGACCGUCUAAACCUCAGCGACCAACAGGUUAAAAUAUGGUUCCAGAACCGGCGCAUGAAGAAGAAGAGACUCAUGCUAAGGGAGCAAGCAUUGGCCUACUUUUAGGGAUGUUACAAAAGGGUAAUCAAUUGGCAGGCAUAGGCUAGGGCCUGUUGGUCUCCAAGUAGUCUUAAAAUGCAUGCGAUCUUCUGCCCCUCCGAUGAAAGCAGCCUGAAUUAGACGUCCGUCAAGUUUAGAAAAA